AUGAUGAAUCGUUUUGGUGAUAUUGAUACUUCAUUUAAGAAACUUCCACCUGUUUAUGGUUAUCGAAGUGAAAAACUUGUUCCAAUUGAAAAAGCACUUGAAUCUAUCAAGUCUCAAAUUGAUAAAUUAGCUGAUUACAUAAAGAUAGCUAAACAAUACUGUCAUAACCCGUCAGAACAUGGACUUACACAUGAUGAAUCGGCUGCUGUUUACAUCUAUACUAUGGAAUGGGGUGAUACUAGCUUGUAUCGUGUAUUAAAUAGAGCUUUACGAUCCGAAAAUCGACAAGCAUUGAAGGUAUGGUUUUCAUAUCUAAAGUUAUUUGAUAUAGCAUUGGAUAAAUUACCCACUGUCAAAGAACCAGUAUGGAGAGGUGUACGACUUGAUAUUGGUAAGAAUUUCACCAAAAACCAAAUUGUACCAUGGUGGAGUAUUAGUUCAUGUUCGUUAUCAGUGAAGGUUAUCGAAGCUUUUCUUGGCAAUCAAGAAAAUGCAACACUUUUCCUAAUAGAAGCUAUUAAUGGAAAAAAAGUGUCUGGAUACACAGAAUAUGAACAUGAAGAUGAAGUCAUUUUACGAAUGGGUUCGCAAUUUCGCGUGAAGAGUGAUCCAUUAAAACAAUCGAACUGUUCACACAUUGUGCAGUUGAUUGAAAUUGAUGACGAUAAUGAUCAACCAAUAGCAUUGGCUAUGAAUGACAUCAAACUGGCAGCAGCACAACUAUCAGUUACAACUACAUCGAGUAAGUUAUUUAAACUUCUUCUCAAUGUAAUAACAUUUUGUAUGAUACAUAUGUACAAAAUGAUUUAA